CACUAGUGUUUCCCCUAGUUUUGAAUGCUUUGUACUUCUUUCACCUAUAUAUACGCCUCAUGCAUGACUGAUAUUACUUACCUCUGAGAACUACAUUUUUUCACCAAGUGGAGAAGUCUCAUACGUACCUUCAGCCUCAUCAACAACUGAACUUCAGCUCAUUCGAAAGGCAACAAUUAAUCAUGGAUAAUGGAGUGGAAGAGAGGCUUCUGGUAUCGGUAGAAAAUAGUAGCAGUGAUCUAAAAAGCAGGAUUUGGAGGGAAUCGAAGCUCCUAUGGCGGAUUGCAUUUCCUUCAAUACUUUCAAGAGUGACAAGUUUUGGACUUAUUGUGGUGACACAAAGUUUUCUUGGACAUGUUGAUGAAAUAGAUCUUGCUGCAUAUGCACUUGUUCAAAGCAUUCUUCUGCGUUUUGUCAAUGGAAUACUGCUGGGAAUGUCAAGUGCGACAGAAACAUUAUGUGGACAAGCAUUUGGAGCAGGGCAUUACCACAUGAUGGGAAUUUACUUGCAAAGAUCAUGGAUAGUUGAUGGUGUAACUGCUACAAUAUUGCUACCAAUCUUCAUUUUCACGACGCCAAUUUUAAAAAUUCUUGGCCAGAAUGAAGAAAUAGCAGAAGCCAGCGGUGUCAUAUCUUUAUGGUUGAUUCCUUUUGUCUAUAACUUUGUAUUUGGUUUGACCAUCCAAAUGUUUUUACAAGCACAACUCAAGAACAUGGUAAUUGGGUGGCUUUCGACUAUUUCAUUUCUACUUCAUCUGCUUUUAUCGUGGACUUUUGUGAGCAAACUUGGGUUAGGGGUUGCUGGUGCAAUGGGCUCACUCAAUAUAUCAGCUUGGUUUGUGGUUAUUGGAGAGUUUGCGUAUAUUUGGGGUGGUUGGUGUCCAAAUUCUUGGAAAGGAUUCACUAUGGCUGCCUUCGCUGAUAUAUUUCCUGUUAUAAAGCUCUCCAUAUCAUCUGGUGUGAUGCUCUGCUUGGAGCUUUGGUACAAUUCAGUCCUCGUCUUAUUGGCUGGUUACUUAAAAAAUGCUACUGUCGCUAUAUCUGCUUUCUCUAUUUGCCUCAAUGUGAGUGCACUUCAAUUUAUGAUCUGCCUCGGCUUCCUUGGUGCUUCAUGUGUGAGGGUAUCAAAUGAGCUGGGAAGUGGAAACUCUAAAGCAGCAAAAUUUUCGAUUAAAGUUAUAAUGUUCACCUCAACAUUUUUUGGAGUGAUAUUUUUUGUUCUGUGCUUGGCCUUCGGUCGUCAACUUUCAUACUUGUUUACUAGUAGCGAGGAAGUUGCAGAAGCGGUAUCGGAUCUAUCUGUUUUUCUUGCUUUCUCACUUUUGCUUAACAGUAUUCAGCCAGUUCUUACAGGUGUAGCUAUAGGUGCUGGCUUUCAAAGUGUGGUUGCAUAUAUUAACUUGGGAAGUUAUUAUGUGGUUGGAAUUCCAGUAGGAUGUGUGCUUGGAUAUGUGGCCAAUCUCGGAAUUAAGGGUCUGUGGGUUGGAUUAUUGGCCGGCGUGGGAUUGCAAACAGUUAUUCUUUCCUACGUAGUUUGGAGGACAGAUUGGGAUGACCAGGUAAACAAAGCAUCCAAUCGUAUAAAUCGAUGGCUUCUAAAACCAACUGAAGAAUCUAAUCAGAAUUCCACUCGUUGAAUUUUAGAAAGAGGAGAUUAAGUAAUCUCUGGGUCAGAGACUCUAAUAAACCCCUUCUUUUUUUUUUUCUUGAUCAUUCCAAAGAAACUGUGAGCUAGAAAUGAAAUGAUUUUGAUCAUGCUUGUAAUUUUCAGAGCAAAAAUUGCAUCCAACCUAUACUAGGAUAAUUUUUAUUUUAUAUAAUAAGUUUCAGUUUCAUCAU